AUGUCGAUUAUUGAAGAGCAAUUUGCUUUAAUGAAUUUAAAUAAAUCACCUAGAAAAAGAAAAGUAUAUCCAUCAAAUUUAAAUCCAAAAGUUGUAGAUAAUCAAAUUUUAAAUAGUUCAGAAUAUCAAGUAAGAACUCCCAUUAGAAAUAUAAGUAACCAAAAAUCAGUAUCAAAAAGUACAAUUAAAUCAAAAUCAAACACAAAUAAUGAAAAUGAAUUUAACAGACGUAAUGUAUCAUUUUCUGAUCAAUCAACUUCCAAAAAAGAAUUUCAAUUUUCAUUCAUGAAAGAAACUUCUUCAUCUAUUCAAAGGCGAACGUUAUCAAAUUCAAUGAAUAAUUUAAACACUCCCUGUAAAUCAACUUACAAGUCAACCACAUCUUCAUCUUCCACUAAAAAGAGAUUGGAAUAUUCCAAACAAUUGAGAUCAAAAAGAGCAAUAUCCGGUCAAGCAUCAUCAACGUUUCCAUCUGAUAUUUCAAAUAUAUAUUCAAAUCAUCAUUCAGAUCACGCAAUGCAACCAUAUAAAACUUCGGAUAUUAACAAUCACAAUCAAUUUGAUGAAUCUCCCACAAAACCAAGAAGAGUAUUUACUCAACCACCUUCUUCUUCAAAUGAUGUAUUCCAAAGAUUGUAUCAUAAAAGCAAUUCUACAGCAAGAAGAUCAAGAAUUCCACACUCGAAAUCUUCGUCGAAUUUAUCCAAAAAAUUCUCAUCAAACACUUCCAAAAUCGAUUCCAUAAGAGAUUUAUACAAUUUACUUUAUAGUAAAAUUCCGGAUUUAUUUUCUAAAUCUUCAUCAUGUAUUAAAGAUAAUCAAAUUUAUCAUGAAAAACCACUUGAUUUGAAAAAUAUAUCCUUAAAUUCUUUGAAUGUAUAUGAGAGAGGAGAAAUAAUACGUAAGAAUAGCAUAUACUACGUCCCAACUGAGUGUUUAAGAAUUACAGGACUGAAUAACGACAAUAAACCUAAUUUUGGAUUUGAUGACAAGGAUGGAAAUUAUAUUGUUAGACCAAAUGAUCAUAUCAAUUAUAGAUAUCAAGUAAUUGAAAAAAUUGGUAAUGGAUCCUUUGGAAAUGUUGUAUUGGCUAAAGAUAAUAAAAUCAAAGAAUUGUGUGGUAAUUUAGUAGCCAUUAAAAUUAUUAACAACAAUUUCAAUUCAUCAAUUCAAUCAAUAAAUGAAAUAAAAAUGUUAAAAUUUAUAAAUCAACAACAUCGGAAAAAUAAUAAUAUAAUUCAAUUUUAUAAUCAUUUUAAUUUUAGAAGUCAUAUAUGUAUUGCAGCAGAAUAUUUAUCAUUAAAUUUGUAUUCAUUAAUGGAAUUAACCAAUUUUCAAGGAUUAUCUAUAAAUUUAAUUAAACAAUUUGCAAAACAAAUAAUGAAUGGUUUAUCAUUCUUACAUAAAUUAAAAAUAAUGCAUUGUGAUAUUAAACCUGAAAAUUUAAUGAUUAAAUUACCAUCUGAUCCAAAAUCUAAUGAAUUAAUAGUGAAAAUUAUUGAUUUUGGAUCUUCAUGUUUUGAAGAUGAAAAAAUGUAUACAUAUAUUCAAUCAAGAUUUUAUAGAGCUCCAGAAAUUAUAAUUGGUUCUAUUUAUGAUAAUAAAAUAGAUAUUUGGUCUCUUGGGUGUGUUUUAUGUGAAUUAUUUAUUGGGUCCCCUAUAUUACCAGGUAAAAAUGAAAUUGAUCAAAUUGGUUUAAUCCUUGAAAUAUUUGGAGCUCCAAAAUCAUCAACUAUUUUAAGAAUGAGAUCAAAUUUUUCAAGAUCUAUUUUAAAUUCAAAUCAUAAUAAAGUUAAAUCAAUUAAUUUUAAUCAAAUGACUAAUAAUGAUACUACCGCCAAUUUUCCAAAUGAAAAACAAAUUAAAAAAACUUUAUUAUAUAAAAUUUUUGAUCUUAAUGGAAAAAUUAAUUUAAAUAUUUUAAAUCAUUAUAAAUCUGCUACAAAUUCAACGAAAAAGCAAUUUAAAAUAAAUUCUAAAAAUCUUGAAAUUGUUUUAAGUUUAAAUAAUACUUUAGAAACUGCAAAUGAUAAAUCUUUAUUUUUAAAGUUUUUACAAAAAAUAUUUGUUUGGGAUCCUCGAGAAAGAGCUAGUGUUGACCAAUUAUUAAAUGAUUCAUUUAUUAAAUGA